UUGUUGACACCGUUAUGUUGCAGGGCGCAUGCUCACUCCCAAGUUUCCUGGUGCCUUUUCUAUUUCACCUUAUGAAACUUUUUCCCCGGCGUGGUCUCAACCGCGAUUUAAGGCAUAGGUGUCGCCGAGCCCGGAGGCUGGGAGUCGCCAGGCGUGCGGGGGAGAGGCCUGGGCCGCGUCGCGGAGGGGGGUGGAGGAAGAGGGCAGGCGAGGCGGGAAGGUGGGCUCUGGCCGCCGGGAGCCGGGGACCGAGACGCCGCCGUCGCCCCUAGCGGGGAGCAGCCGGGAGGAGGGGGCCGCAGCCGGGAGAGGGGACCCCCACCAUGCCCAAAGUCUUCCUGGUGAAGAGGAGGAGCCUGGGGGUCUCGGUCCGCAGCUGGGAUGAGCUCCCGGAUGAGAAAAGGGCAGACACCUACAUCCCAGUGGGCCUGGGCAGCCUGCUCCACGACCCCCCCGAGGACUGCCGCAGCGACGGCGGCAGCAGCAGCGGCAGCGGCAGCAGCAGCGCAGGCGAGCCCGGAGGCGCCGAGAGCAGCUCGUCCCCGCACGCCCCCGAGCGCGAAACCCCGGAGCCCGGCGACGCCGAUGGCCCCGAAGGACACCUGGCGGCCAAGCAGCGCCCGGUUGCCAGGUCAAAAAUCAAGUUCACCACAGGCACGUGCAGCGACUCGGUGGUUCACAGCUGUGACCUGUGUGGCAAGGGCUUCCGCCUGCAGCGCAUGCUCAACCGUCACCUCAAGUGCCACAACCAGGUGAAGAGACACCUGUGCGCCUUCUGCGGCAAGGGCUUCAACGACACCUUCGACCUGAAGAGGCACGUCCGCACGCACACAGGACGCAGUGCAGGGGACCUGGGGAGCAUGGCUGGCUGUUGGUACCUUGGAGUAACCACGGAACUGGUGGCAUUGCUUCACCUGUGA